CUAAUACUCCCCGCCGGCAGCAUCAAGAGUACGAUGCAGACCGAGGAAGACUCGAGUCCUCGUGGCAGUAAUCCCCCCAAGCCAAUCUUCCUUGACACCGCGAAAGCAAUGUACAGGGCGCAGGGUGUGAAGGGGCCCUACGUUGGGUGCGGUAUUACUGUUUCUCGAUCAAUACCCAGCAGCGCGAUUGUAUUUCUAAUUUGCGGUGGCCCAAGUAGUCGUUUGGGUAGUAGACAUGGUUUCCCGCAAUCCCCAUUGUAAGAUAGUACUGGGCGCUAAAGAUCAUGCACAUCGGUUACAUCAUCAGAUCUCGUAAUUUUGGAGUAUAGCCUGAGCAUAUGACAGAUGAGAGUCGACAUAUCCUUCUAUAAAACGAUCUGCAUUCAAGCCAGAACCGUUCCUAUGCCAUCAUAA